AUGGAGAUGGACAAUUGCGUGCUGCGAACUAGUAUUUUCGUUCUCAUAGUCGCCAUGUCCUUAGCCUUUCAAUUUUCUCCAAACCCAAAUGGAAAACACUUUUGUUCUCUGCUGACAUGCCAAAAUAAUAACUCUUCUUCUGCUUUGAAAGAGCGGAUAAUUGAGCUAGCUAAUGAUCAACACACAGUCAAUUGGAUGAAGAAGAUUAGGAGACAAAUUCAUGAGAAUCCUGAACUUGCUUUUGAAGAGUUUGAGACGAGCAAGCUGAUUAGGCAACAACUUGACCAAAUGGGUAUUUCUUAUCUGUGGCCUGUGGCAAGAACUGGUAUAGUGGCCACACUUGGGUCUGGCUCUCCACCCUUUGUUGCUUUAAGAGCUGAUAUGGAUGCUUUGCCUAUUCAGGAAUUGGUUGAGUGGGAGCACAAGAGUAAAGUAGAUGGCAAAAUGCAUGCUUGCGGCCACGAUGCGCAUGCUGCAAUGCUCCUUGGUGCUGCAAGGGUCUUGAAACAAUUGCAAGAUACGUUGGAGGGAACUGUCGUGCUUAUAUUUCAACCAGCUGAAGAACAAGGUCAAGGUGCAAAAGGCAUGAUUGCAGAAGGGGUUCUUGAUAAUAUAGAUGCCAUUUUCGGAUUGCACACUGUGCAUAGGUAUCCUACUGGAGUGGUUGCUUCACGGCCUGGAGAAUUCCUUGCUGGAUGUGGGAGUUUCAAAGCAAAGAUAAUAGGCAAAGGUGGUCAUGCCGCAAUUCCUCAGCAUUCCAUUGAUCCAAUUUUGGCGGCAUCAGCCGCAGUAAUUAGUUUGCAGAAUAUAGUUUCUAGGGAGGUUGACCCUUUAGAUUCUCAGGUGGUUUCUGUAGCUAUGAUCCAUGGAGGUACUGCAUUUAAUAUAAUACCAGAUACGGCUACAAUAGCAGGAACGUUCAGGGCUUUCAGCAAGAAGAGCUUCAACGCGCUCAGGGAAAGAAUAGAAGAGGUAAUCGAAGGGCAGGCAGCUGUACAUAGGUGCAGUUCUGAGAUAGAUUUCACCGGCGCAGAACAUCCAGCAAUUCCUCCGACAGUAAAUGAUGCCCGAAUUUACGAACAUGUCCGGCGUGUUUCAAUUGGUAUAGUAGGAGAAAGAAACAUUGAAAUAGCUCCAAGCUUCAUGGGAAGUGAAGAUUUUGCUUUCUACCUUGAUAAAGUUCCUGGAUCCUUUUUAUUUCUAGGCAUUAGAAAUGAGAGGAUUGGGAGCAUAUACAAUCCACAUAGCCCAUACUAUACCAUUGAUGAGGAUGUGUUCCCUAUUGGAGCAUCAAUAUAUGCGGCAUUUGCACAUUCUUACCUUUCAAAAUCAGCAAGAAAUUCGAAUUCUUAUGACUAA